AUGGCAGAGAAGAACGACGUUUCGGAUCACUUGGAAGCAAGUGUUUCCCAUCAUGAUGCCAAGGGAAUGGCCGUCGGUUCGACCAACCAGCAGGAGCAUGAUCUCACUGUGCGAGAAGUCUUCAAGAACCACAAAGCCAUUGUCUGGUGGUGUUUUUACUGGGCAAUGGCCGCCAUCGGAUGGGGGUUUGAUGCGCAGAUCAACGGUGCCAUGAUUUCCGUCGCAUCCUUCAGGAGAGACUUUGGAUAUGUACUCGACGGCGAAGCGAUUCUCCCCGCGGAUUGGCAGUCUGCCUUCAAUAUCAUCAGCACCGUCGGUCAGUUCUUCGGAGGCUUUGCCUGCAGUUGGCUCGCAGAUAGAAUCGGACGCAAGAAUUCCCUCCUAAUCGGCGUCGUCAUCUGCACUGGUGGCUGCGUCGGCGAGAUCCUCUCAGAUACCAGGGCAGCUUUCCUCUGCUCCAAGCUGAUCCUCGGCCUGGGACUCGGUUUCUAUCUUACGCUUGCACCCCUCGCAUGCAGUGAGCUAGCUCCCGUCGCUCUUCGAGGAUAUGCCACAGCUGGUGUUAACUUGGGCAUCGCCAUUGGCCAGCUCUUGUCCAACGCUGUUGUCAAGGCCUUUGGAGAAAGAUCCGAUCGCUGGGCCUACCGUGGGCCCUUCGCCACCCAGCUCUUCUUCGUCCUUUUCCUCGCCGUUUUCUUGCCCUUCACGCCCGAGACCCCAUGGUACCUUGCCCGCAAGGACAAACUCGAGCAAGCAGCAAAGUCACUCAAGAAACUAUAUGGACAGGACUACGACGUUAACUCCAGGCUAUCUGGAAUUGUGGCAACAAUUGAGGAGGAGAACUUGAACCAAACACAUGAGCUUGGAUUUGUCGACUGCUUCAAGGGCACCAACCUUCUUCGGACAGGCAUCUCAACAGGUGUCUUUCUUUGCCAGCACUUGGUUGGUAUUAUCUUUGUUCUCGGAUAUUCGACAUACUUCUUCCAACUUGCCGGCCUCGACGUCUCGAAAUCCUUCGACCUCGGCGUGGGCGUCACGGCUUGCGGUGUCCUUGGAAACAUUGUCAGUUGGUUCGUCAUCGAGUCCUUUGGCCGCCGGAAGAUCUUCAUCUCCGGCAUGGGAGCCCUAACAACGCUCCUCCUACUCAUCGGCAUCAUGGACGUCGUCCCAACUGAUGCCGCAAAAUGGGUACAAGCCGCCUGCACCGUCAUUUACGCCUUUGUGUACUUCAUGACCAUUGGUGCCAUGGCUUUUGCCAUCCUAGGCGAGGCUUCCAGCUCUGUUCUGCGCGCAAAGACUAUGGCUCUCGCUACCGCUACCCAAGCAAUCUGUGGCUUGGCAAUGAACUUCGCGAUUCCUUACAUGGUCAACCCGGAUGAGGGCAACUUGAAGGGCAAGGUUGGAUUCAUCUUUGGUGGACUGGCGUUGAUUGGUACUGUGGGAAGCUUCUUCUACGUCCCCGAACUCAAGGGCAAGACCUUUGAUGAGAUUGACCGUCUCUUCGUGGCGAAGGUACCACCGAGAAGAAUGGGAAAGAUGUAA